AUGUGUCCUAAGACUUCCGAAUGCGUCAAGCAUGACGAUGUCGUGCAAUGCUGGAUGAAGCCACCUACUCCACCGACCGUACCCGAGCCAUGCACACCAGGCAAUCGAAAGUGCGACUCCGACGCAUACGCCCUCAUGCUUUGCGGAGACAACGAGAUGUGGCAUACCGAGAAGAAGUGCACCACUUACGGAGACUGCAUCACUGACGACCCAGGGCAAGCGCACUGCGAGACUGGUGGUGUAGGUCCGUCGAAAAUGCAACGUCAAACCAACAGCACUGAAUGCGCCUACGGAGAUUGGGCCUGCGACAGCCAUCAUCGCUUCAUGUACAAAUGCAACAGUAACGGUACCUGGUCGGCGCCGUACCAGUGCAGCAGGGCAGGUGGUUGCCAACCCGAGGGACCUACUUCCGCCUUCCCCAAGGGAAGAAUGACAUGCGCGGGUUUUCCGAAAUACUUGUACCCUUACCCGGACAACAGGGUCUGUGAGACGGUCAAGAGCUGCGAGUACAUGCAGUAUCUUUACCUUAUCGCUGGCUCACCUGAUGCCGAGACUAAGGAGAAGUUCCGCAAGAGCAUGUGCGCGGACGAGGCUUGCAUGGACUGCGAUCGCUGCACUUACAAACUCGGACAAGGCGAGGUGCUACAACCUGAUCUCCGCACCCUCCUUCAUGGCUCGCCGGUGCCUGACAAUUUUGACUAG